GGUGGGCUGUGUCUCUGUGGGUUUGCUGGGUUUUACCCUCACCAAGAUAUAGCUGUUCAUGAAUUGUUGAUGUCUUUGGCUGUUGGAGCUGUUUCAAGUUCCAAGAACAUGGGUUUUGAUGAAAGCAAAGAUAGUGAGGAGAAGAGUCAUGUAUCAGAAUCUUCCAAAAAUCUACCACCACCAUCUCCAACACCAACUGAAGAGGCUCUGAGAGAAGGAGAGAAGUACAAUAGACAGAUGAGUGAGACCUCUCUGUAUGCUACUGAGGAAGAAGAGGACGACGAGGAAAGAAAAAUAGAAUUGGGUCCCCAGUGCACAUUGAAGGAGCAGCUUGAGAAGGAUAAGGACGAUGAGAGUCUGAGGAGGUGGAAGGAACAGCUUCUCGGGAGUGUCGAUCUCAAUUCUGUUGGAGAAACUUUGGAACCAGAUGUUAAGAUCCUGAGCCUCUCUAUCCUCUCCCCUGAUAGACCUGAACUUCUUCUUCGCAUCCCUGAGGCUGGAAACCCCAAAGGCCUAUGGUUUACUUUGAAAGAAGGUAGCCGUUACAGCCUAAAAUUCUCCUUUAAGGUCAGCAACAACAUUGUCUCUGGGCUCAAAUACACCAAUACGGUGUGGAAAACUGGUGUCAAGGUGGACAGUACAAAAGAGAUGCUAGGAACCUUCAGUCCUCAGGCAGAGCCUUACACACAUGAGAUGCCAGAAGAGACCACUCCUUCUGGCAUAUUUGCUAGAGGAUCAUAUUCAGCAAAAACAAAGUUUGUUGAUGAUGACAACCAGUCCUACUUGUCGAUCAACUACACCUUCGACAUCAAGAAAGAUUGGCCUUCCACUAGCUGAUUAUUCUUCAGUCUAUGACAGCAAAUUUCGUUCAUUCACUUACAUUCUAAGCCCCUCUCCCCCUCCCCCCCCCCCCCCUCCCUUCUAUUUUUCCACUCAAAGAGAAGUUCAAAGAAGAAAGGCUAGAAAUCCAUUGGUGAAUAUCACCAUAAUAAGAGAGAGCUAUUCCCUGUCUGAGAGGUUUCUCUAUCUUUUCUCUCUCCAUGUCUGCAAAUUCAUCAGGUGUUAAGCUUCAUUUCUGUAGCAAGAACUUAUUAACCAUUUGUAAAGGACUGUUUAAAAAAAAAAAAUGAAAGGAGUGCAGGUAAUGGGUUUGUUGAA